UUGGCAUCACCAUGAUACAAGAUAAUUAAAGACGAAAAGCUGUUAAUUGUAACAAAACAAGAUAUUUAUUAAUAAUCAGAUCAAAUGAUUGAUAUAGGAAAAAAAUUGGAGACCAUUGGCCUUGUAAAUUGUUUACCUUUUAAUUAACGUCAUUUAAUCAUCAACUAGAUCUCUAAUUUGAUUGGUAUCACCACUAAAUUUACCUCAUCAUCACCAUCAGAAUCAAAAAAAAAACAGAUAAUUUCAACCGAUUUUCUCGAAUUUCAUUCAACACUCACCAAUCGAUACUUUUUCUCAGGUAAACAUUUACCAGCAAUUUUCACCUCAUCAAUAACCUCUAAUUACAACCACAGAUCAUUUUAAAUCCAUAGAUUGUUCCUGUUGAUUGAUUACUCUUCUUCCCUUCUUACUAAUUUAGUUUUAAUUAGUAUCCUACCUUAUCCGUAAUUUUUGGUGUGUAAUCAACAAAUUGUUUCAUCUCCUCACUAAUUGUUUCCAUCGUAAUUUAAAUUGUUACAAUACCUGUUACCCUAAAGAAAGACAAUUACUCAAAAUCAUCCUAAUCCAACAUGAAUUGUAUUGAACGAGUUCAGAGCCCACCAAAAAAUGAACCGAAAAUUAGUCAAAUUAUUCCCGUAAACAUGGGAAUUGAGGACAUGGAGAAACGGGAAGAGACCUUAUUCAAUGAAACCUUUGACGUUAUAACGGAAAAGUUAACAAGUACCGUUAACCCGGACUUAAGACGAGUUUCUGACUGGCUCAAGAAGGUUCUCGUCUAUAAUGUGCCUCACGGUAAAAAAAAUAGAGGAAUGGCUUUGGCUUUGGCCUAUCAAGUGCUGAAGAAAAAUAAGAAACUGGAUUCAGACAAAUCUCAUCAAGCUCGAAUUCUUGGAUGGUGUAUUGAAAUUCUUCAGGCUUUUUUCCUAAUUCAUGAUGAUAUAAUGGACCAAUCAUUGACCCGUCGAGGUCAACCUUGUUGGUAUAAAAAGGAAGAUGUUGGACUAAUUGCAAUUAACGAUGGAAUCUUAUUAAAUAGUUGCAUCUACAAACUUCUCAAGGAAAACUUUUCCAAAGAACCAACUUAUUCACAAAUAUUAGAUCUUUUCCAUGAGAUCACCGAUCUAACAAUUAAAGGUCAAUGUCUUGAUAUGCUUAAUUCAACUCCUGAUAUGAAAAAUAAUCCAGCCGCUUUCACCGAAGACGUUUACUCAGCUAUCAUUGAAUAUAAAACGGCUCAUUACAGUUUCGUACUUCCUAUCCGAUUGGCCUUUUACCUUGUCGGAAUUGUCUCAGAAGAGGUUCAUGCUAAAGCGGAAGAGAUUCUCCUCAAAUUUGGCCAUUUCUUUCAAGUCCAAGAUGAUUUUCUCGAUUGUUAUGGUGACCCAAGUGUGAUUGGAAAAGUGGGUCGAGAUAUCGAAGAGGGAAAAUGCUGUUGGUUGUUUGUAAAUGCAUUAAAAUUGUGCUCAGAAGAGCAAAAGAAAAUCUUGGUGGACAAUUAUGCUCUCGAAGAUCCCGCUGCAGUGGCCAAAGUACGAGAAAUUUACGAUCAGUUAAACAUGAGAAAAGUUUUCCAAGACUAUGAAGAUGAAUCAUAUAAGGAAAUUAAAGGUCUCAUUGAUUCCUUUGCUUACUCUCAACUUGUUCCCCUUGAGGUAUUCAAUUGGUUACUCAAGAAAAUUUACCGUCGAAAUAAAUAAUCAACAAUUAAUCGCCUACACAACAAUCGGCUUACAAUCGUAGGAACAGAUCCACCAUCCGGAAACAAUUAGCAAUUAAAAAAGUUUACUAUCUAUCAAAUCUCUUUGUAAAUUUGAUAAUCAAUCUCAUAAUACAGAAAAUCCCAACACUAUCAAAAAAAAUCCGAAAAAUUAACUUGGAAAAUUGAAAACCGAAAUCAAGAAAUUGUUACAAUUUGAUCAUAAAAUCAAAAUGAAGUUCAUUUAAUUAUCCAAAUUUCCGUCUCAAUAACUGAGAUAUAUUUUGUAUUACCAAACACAUGACAAUUAGUAAAUUACACCAAUUAAAGGAAUAACCAACAAUCAACAACCAAAUUAAAGUUAAUCAUUAUACCCAAAAA